AUGUGGGCGCUGCGGGCGCUGUGCCUGGCCGGGCUGGGGGCGGCCAUCGGCGGCGGGGCCGCGGACCAGUGCAGCUGGAGGGGCAGCGGGCUGUCACAGGAGGCUGGCAGCGUGGAGCAGCUGUCCCUGCACUGCGCCGAGGGCUCGCUGGAGUGGCUGUACCCCACGGGGGCCCUCCGCCUCCGCCUGGCCCCCCGCCUGCCCCCCACCAGCGCCGCCGUCAAGGGCAGGAGCCCCCCGCGCGUCACCGCCUGCAUCAAACCCAGCGGCACCUUCCGGGGGGCUCAGCUCUACCUGGAGAGGGAGGGGGGGCUGGAGCUGCUGCUGCCAGAGGCCCCCCGGCCCCACGCCCGCUGCUUCAGCUGGCUGCCCCAGGAGAAGGUGGCUCUGUUCCUGCAGGCCACCCCGCAGCCCGACAUCAGCCGCCGCAUCGCCGCCUUCCGCUACGAGCUGCGGGGGGAUUGGCUGGCCCGGCCCGCGCUGCCCACCGCCAGCCUCGGCAACGAAGGUGCGUGCCGGCCGUGCAAUGACACCGAGAUCCUGAUGGCCAUUUGCACUAGUGACUUUGUCAUCCGCGGCAGCAUCCAGAGCGUCUCCAACGACGCCGAGCUGCAGGAAUCCAUCAUCGGGGUGAGCGCCACACGCAUCCACCGGCAGAAAUUCCCGCUGUUCCAGGCGGGCGGGCGGGCGGGGCGGCCCGUGGGCAGCAUCCGCACCCCCCUGCGCUGCGGGGUCCGCCCGGGCCCCGGCACCUUCCUGUUCACGGGCUGGCUGCACUUCGGGGAGGCCUGGCUGAGCUGCGCUCCCCGCUACCGGGACUUCCAGCGCAUCUACCGGGGGGCCCAGCGCACGCACCAGAACCCCUGCGAGUUCCCCGUGGACUGA